AUGGCGUCACUAAAGAACCACACUCCCGAGAAUUACAACAAGAACGCCUCGUUCGUCUACUCUGACAAGUUUACUUCGCCCGUUCUGGACCUCUUGAAUGCUCAGCCCGGCGAGGUCAUCGCGGACCUAGGAUGCGGGACGGGGGAACUCACUGCCAAAGUGUGUGCUGCUGUGGGCUCGGGCGGGAGAGUGGUGGGUAUUGACUCUAGUGCUAAGAUGCUGGAGAAAGCAAAAACAACCCUCCCCGGCGUAGACCUGUUCGAGGCGGAUAUCCAGAAACUCCCUUCCCUCCUAGAUCCCAAGCUGAAGGGCACAUUCGACGCGGUCUUCACGUCCGCUACGCUGCACUGGUGCAAGGCCGACCCGGCGGGCGUGGUGGAGGGGAUCAAGUGGUUAUUGAAGCCUGGAGGAAGGGUCGCUGUGGGUGUUCGAGGGGCUAUACAUCAAGUUCUCCGCUCUCAUGGGCAUGACCCGCUCGGACUGGAUCCAUGGUACUUCCCCACCGUCAGGCAGUACACUCAGGUCCUCGAAGCAGCCGGCCUGACACCGUCCAACCUACACCUAGUCCCCCGCCCCAGUCCGCUCGAUACCGACUUUCUCGGCUGGCUUCGGACGUUCGCCCGCAAUACCUGCUUCUCGACCUUCUCGGAUGACGACGCUGAGGGGAUGAUGAAGGAGGUAGAGGCGCUGGUUGCGCCGGACUGUUAUUGGAAUGACGGGGCGCCUGGGGUAGGUGCUGAGGCAUGGAAAAACGGCGCCGCGGGAGUGAAGGGCCAGAGUGGGUGGGAGCUGAUGUAUGUUCGUCUGAGGGGGACUGCUACGGUCCCUUCAUGA